AGGGAGUGACGGGAUCCGGGCGAGACGGGGUUCUGAUCUCCCAGGGCAGAGCCCGCCUCGGCCUCCGCAGCCAGAUCUAGACUUCGGGGGCUACCGAGCUCUCCAGAGGGGCUUUGGGGACAGGCGGUGGCUGGGUCGGAGUUGGAAAGGCGAGAUCUUCUGGCUGCAGACACGGAAUCCGUGGUCGAGAGAAAGAGGGAAAUAACUGGGAACCGCGGGGACGACGUCGGGGGCCGGGCUGGGAGAUCUAGGCGGCGGCGGGGGCGGGGGGAACGACGGAGGGGGCAGGGGGCAAAGGUGAACGCUGCGCUGGGCGGGGGCAGGGAGGCCACGCGGAGCAGGGAGGAUUGCAGCGGAGGGGGCUGUUCUGGGAAGAGUUCACGCAGCAGGGUUUGCGGUUCCCCCUUCCUCGAACCCACCUGCAUUUGUGUGAACCUGAGCGCUCGCCACCCUCUGCCUUCGCCACCUCUGCCCUUUCAUCCCUUCGCACCUUGCUCUUGACGCACCCAGACUGGUCACCCGAGCCCGAGCCCGGGUGUGGGGCACAGCAGCUUCCGAUCCGGAGAAGUCGAGCUAGAUGAGGGGCCUUUUGUUUUUGUUUUUCUAUUAAUGAAGCAGAAAGUCCCUUUCAAACCAUUCCAGGCCUCCUGGUAAAACUGAAAACUCUACUCUUCCCCUUCCCUUCAACCCCUUCUCUCUAAAAAGAAUAAAUAACCCCAAAUACUCAGUUGUUUGGGAGCCAGAGCAGCAGCGAAGUGGGCCUGUGGGCAAGUUCAUGGCAAAACUAGAGCCCAACCGGGAAAUUACUUUAGGAGAAAGGGCAUUGCUCAUUCAUUUAUUCUUUGGGCAAACAUUUUUAUUUUUAUUUUUUUGGACUGUCUACAUGUCCUGCACUGGGAAUAGAAGUAAGUAAAGCUCUGGUGGUUCUGCAUUCUAGUGGGGGAGGUGACAAAGCAACAUAUUCCAGGUGGUAGUCAGUGCCUUUGAGGAAAAGUCUGACUUGGUGAGAAGGAUGGUGAUUGGGAAGAAAUUAGUUUUCAGAGACUCCUCAGGAAGGGUCUCUCAUAAGUGGCUUGGAGCACAGACCUGAAUGGAGGGCGCGAGGGAAUGAACAGUAUCAGUGGGAAGGAAUGUUCCAGGCAGUGGGAACAGUACCUGCAAAAGCCCUGAGGUGGGAGGGAGCAUGAUUGUAUGGCCAACAGCCAGGAGGCUGGUGUGGCUGGAGUGGAGGGAGGGGGAGCAGGGACCAGGGCCCACAGGGGCAGCUCUAGGGUUGUCUUCGUAGGACUUCACUCAUUUACAACUUGGACCUGAGCCCAGAGUGGGAUUAAGGGGCAGGCCAGCUGGGCAAGCAGCCUGGUCUAAAAGGGCACUAAAUUAUCCUUGGAGUAAUUCAGACGUUUGGAGCCAAUGAACUCUGAUUUCUGUCUGUGUCUCUUGGUGAAUUGUAAGUUGGCUCCCCUCCACUGACAGAAUCCUUGACCACUGCUGACCUAGGCUACCUGUCUCUGGAAUAAUUCUGCAACACGCAGGUACAGACAAACUGCAGGAUUAGCCCCUAGACCAGCCAGCUGAUAUUGCCUAAAGGCAGUGAUCACAGCUGGAAUUCUGAAAAUGCACCACACUGUAAAGUGCCACUCCCUGAGAUUUAUGCUAUUGUCUACAUUUAAAAUGACUUGAUAUGCCUCCCAAGAACCGGUCUGCUUCAGUAAAUUUCACUUGUAAUGAAGUCUUGAGAUAAGCUCUUUGAGUUGAGUAAAAAGAAUGAGGCUUAUGGAUUUUAGUCUUUAUUCUGAGAAAAUGGGUAUUCAAUCAAUAGAUAUUUAAAUAAUCCUGACUUGAGGGGGGUACCCACUCAUAAUCUUGCAGGGUGCCAGGGCUUGCUCUGGUCCACUUGCCCACCUCUUACCUGGCAACAUACAUAUCACCUGAAGCAGUCGGGGACCUGAGAUGUGAACCGGCUCGCCUAGCGUUCCCGCGUGUGCAUGGCUCUGCCUACCCCCACCCCUACGGGCCUUCUUUGGCACCAAUUGCCUUACAGGGAGACUGAAAUGGCACUGAGGCUCUUGAGAUAGGACCAUAGAGUGUCAGCGCCCUCCCCAUGGAUCCUAUGCCCUCCCCAGGGCCGCGGAUAGUAUGUAAGUAGGAGAUGAACAGGGCAUGGAAUGAGGGGGGAGGAGCGUGGUAAAGCUCAGCCAGAGAGCACCGCAGAGCCUAGAUCGCUGGGAGAACUUGAGAGCUCAGUGAAUGUAAGACAACCAGGAAGUUCAGGGGCUGAAGUAGCGGAGAGGAGGGGCUGAAGCUCUGAGUGGAGAAGGUGCCUGGAGGCGGCUGGCGUCGAGGUCCUCUGGGUCUGAACCGGCAAUCCCAGCUCCAAGCCGUCCCCUCGCCCCUCCCCGCUGCCGGCCAGAGUCACACAUGUGUUUUCCUGUUUUCCAUUUCGGUCCCCGUCGUCACCCUCUGCCUUUUCUGCUCCUCAGAGUCAACGUCUAGCUGCUGGAGCUCAAGACUCACCCCGGGGUUCCCCUUCCCGCACCUGCCCCUCCUCCUGAGCGCUGGUAGCUCCUCCUCCUCGCACCUGCCCUAAGGUCCCAGGACAGCAGGAGAUCUCCGAAGCCUUGAGGUUUGCCACAGCUUGGGUCCCUGGGGGAAAAGAGUGGUGUUGUGAGGAGAACCCACAGAUUAGCUGCUUACAAGUUUGGUUCCCAAGGUUGCAGCUCAUCACUGGUGACAGAGGGCAAUGCCAGGAAGCUGCUGAAGGCUUUCUUCUCCUCCUCCGCCAUGGUUGACGGCAUGAAGUAUGAGGUGGCCUCCCAGCACGAGAGGGACGCCUCCCCUUUGGCCGAGGAGGCCGGCCCCCGGUCGGAGCAGGUAAAGCUGAAGAAGGAGAUCUCACUGCUGAACGGCGUGUGCCUGAUUGUGGGGAACAUGAUUGGCUCGGGCAUCUUCGUCUCCCCCAAAGGCGUGCUCAUAUACAGCGCCUCCUUCGGCCUCUCCCUGGUCAUCUGGGCCGUCGGGGGCCUCUUCUCUGUCUUCGGGGCCCUUUGUUAUGCGGAACUGGGCACCACCAUUAAGAAGUCUGGGGCCAGCUAUGCCUACAUCCUCGAGGCCUUCGGGGGACUCCUUGCCUUCAUCCGACUCUGGACCUCCCUCCUCAUCAUCGAGCCCACCAGUCAGGCGGUCAUUGCCAUCACCUUUGCCAACUACGUGGUGCAGCCCUUCUUUCCCAGCUGCUUCGCCCCCUACGCUGCCGACCGCCUGCUGGCUGCUGCCUGCAUCUGUCUCCUAACCUUCAUUAACUGUGCCUAUGUCAAGUGGGGAACCCUGGUACAAGAUAUUUUCACCUAUGCUAAAGUAUUGGCACUGAUCAUCAUCAUCAUCGCAGGCAUUGUUAGACUUGGUCAGGGAGCCUCGACUCACUUUGAGAAUGCCUUUGAGGGUUCAUCAUUUUCAACAGGUGACAUCGCUCUGGCACUCUACUCAGCUCUCUUCUCUUACUCGGGCUGGGACACCCUCAACUAUGUCACUGAAGAGAUCAAGAAUCCUGAGAGGAAUCUGCCCCUCUCCAUUGGCAUUUCCAUGCCCAUUGUCACCAUCAUCUACAUCUUAACCAACGUGGCCUAUUACACUGUGCUAGACAUGAGGGACAUCCUGGCCAGUGAUGCUGUUGCUGUGACUUUUGCAGACCAGAUUUUUGGAAUAUUCAACUGGACAAUUCCAGUGGCAGUUGCAUUAUCCUGCUUUGGUGGCCUCAAUGCCUCCAUUGUGGCUGCUUCUAGGCUUUUCUUUGUGGGCUCAAGAGAAGGCCAUCUCCCUGAUACCAUCUGCAUGAUUCAUGUUGAGCGGUUCACACCGGUACCUGCUCUGCUGUUCAAUGGUCUCAUGGCGCUGAUCUACUUGUGCGUGGAGGACAUCUUCCAGCUCAUCAACUACUACAGCUUCAGCUACUGGUUCUUCGUGGGGCUCUCUAUCGUGGGUCAGCUCUAUUUGCGCUGGAAGGAGCCUGACAGGCCUCGUCCUCUCAAGCUCAGCAUUUUCUUCCCCAUUGUCUUCUGCCUCUGCACCAUCUUCCUGGUGGCUGUUCCACUCUACAGUGAUACCAUCAACUCCCUUAUCGGCAUUGGCAUUGCCCUCUCAGGCUUGCCCUUUUAUUUCCUCAUCAUCAGAGUGCCAGAACACAAACGACCUCUUUGUCUCCGCAGGAUUGUGGCAUCCAUCACAUGGUACCUUCAGGUCCUGUGUAUGUCAGUUGCUGCAGAGAUGGAUUUGGAAGAUGGAGGAGAGAUGCUCAAGCAACAAGAUCCCAAGUCUAAUUAAACAUCACAAGGAAUCUUGAGAUGUGGAAAGCAGGGGCCUCUUUUAUCUCCUACCAGCCAGAGCCAAGAAGUUGAGAGGAAAGCUCACUUCAUUGGAGGCAGCUACUAGAAGCCUCCUAGGCAGCUUCACCAACCUCUGAACUUGCCUUUUGAGAAAUGGAGAGUAAUUUAUUUGUUUUGCUACAUAUUGUUCCAGGUUUCUUUUAAAGGGAUGAUAAAGCAGACUGUGAUGGGGAGCAUGCCAGGUGUGGGCUUGGUUGUUCUGGCAGCACGCUGCCAUGUAUUAAGAUAGUCACUCACCUCUGGGGUGCCUGCCCAUUCCUUUCUGUUGAAAGAUCUAAUAAUGCUCCAAAUUUCCAGUCUCCUUUAGAGACAUGAAACUGUCACAGGUACUGGGCAAUAAAAGGGUAUGAUCCUGA